UUUCACUUUGAAUAGAGGUAUUUGUUACGCUCUAAGUUAAUUCUUUUUAUCUCCAUUUGUUUACACCUAAACAUGUGUUAGCCCAUAUUAGAAAUUCUUUACCCUUUCAUACACAGUAAUUCGUAACUAGUUUUCAUUAAAAAAUAAUCCGAAGGAGUUAUUCCUCUCCAUAUACUCUUCAUAAUUUUACUUCAAAAUAACCUGCAUAAUUUCAAUUUACGUGAAAAUUAUGUUAAUUUUCUAUAAUGAUAUUGAUGAUGUAGGCAUGUAUACUUAGAUUCAUUAUAUCAUUUCAAGCCAUUAUAAUUCAAAAGAUUAAUAUAAUCUAAAUAGACUCAUGUGGUAGUGUGUGUUUAUGAUUUGUUUCUAAGAUUAAUUCUUUCUUUUUUUGUCAAUGUGAAUAUCAUUUUGCAUGGUAAAAAAUAAUCAAACAAGUUGACACACAUGCCUUUGAAGGGUUUUGUUUUGUCACUAUAAGCAUUGAAUGGAUGCAUUCGGUAGAACUCGUAAAGCAUGGGGCUUUUAUUGUAGGUUACACUCAACUACACAUCCCGUGUACAACAAAUCUACUUCCUCUGUUACAGCUAAAAUACUAGUAGGCCAGCUACAUAGUUGUCUGCAGUGAUAACAGAAUAUUGUUCAUUGUUGGCGAACGAUCAAUGAUGAUGCGUCAUGGCACCGGGUACAACCAUAGCCGUCUGUUCGUCUGUAACGUCUAAAAUAGAACCUUUCAUAACCAAGGUUUCAAGUCUUACCAAUGUGGACGUUGUAGAACUGCCUGACAAUGAUCUUGGAUUCGAUCGUCUUUCAGGAUUUGAUGGUGUAAUAGUCUGUCAUUCUGUCAGCAAUUGUCACUUAGCAGUGGAUGAUGCUGUGGACAUUCUUUUCGACAAGUUCCUGCUCACUUUCACGAAAAACUCUGGUGCAACUAAUGUCUGUGUCAUUGUUCAUGAUUUCCCUAUGGGACCAACCGACUCGUCUCUGGAGGAUCAUGCUACGAUUAAGAGUGCUUAUACGAAGAGCUUCCAGAACAAACUAUCCUCAACCUUUGAUCAUGAGCAUGGUGAUUGUCCUCAUAAGUUAUUGGUCUGUGGUAGAUUGGACAACCAGGUUGACAUGGAUGAAGCAGAGUGGACACAACUUGAAGACUUUGUGAGACAGUGUCAGAUGCAGCCAGCAUCUGCAGAAGCUUCCCAGAGGGACAGACACGUCAGAAUGUUCAGAAUGUUUCUGAUGCAACUAUUGAUGGUAUUCUUAGCAGGGACAUUCCUUGUGGUUGUAUUGACUAUCAAACUGUACCGCAGCUUGGGGACUGCUGGGGUAUCAAUCUUCAUGAUAUCAUUGAUCAGCAUGUUAUACUAUUGUUACAGUAAAGAUCAGGCAUCUCAACUCAUAACGAAAUGUGGAUUUGGGGUUAUUAUGGUAGCAGUAACUUACUUUAUCUUUUUUCUGAUUAACAAUGUGUGCAGCAUGUAUAGUUAAUCCAAAUUGCAUUAUACUGCGUGGGCAUUGGACUGCUCUAAAAUCAUAAAUAUGAAAAUGUUACUCUCUCUCAAAUCUUUAUGAACAUAUCAAAGACGGAGUGGUAAACAAUGACAAUGUUUCAGUAAAUAUCAUUUUGUUCCCUAGAAGACUAGCCUUUAGCCAAGGCACUAGGCUCUGAUAUUUGAAGAAAAAAAUGCGUCUAGAUCAUAGAGAUAUAUACUAAUAACGCAAACUAGUAAUAUAUCUCUAUGGUCAGGAUCUGGUCUGGAUACAUAGAUUAGCAUCCAAGGCGCUGUCCAGUCAUCCCCCUGUCAUGCCUGUUAACGUACAUUGCCUUAGUCUAUUUUCUAAACCCUAUCGGGCGGACAAGUAUAUAGCGCGCAAGGACUUGCCCAAACGCUAGUGAAAGACAAGCAGCAACAGUAGGAAAUGGAAUACCGGCCUUUAUUUUUCUUUCAAUGCGUACUUUUGACUUAAUUUCAUUUCAUUUCGUU